CCCGCCCCAAACUAUGACACGCUGUCGAAGCUCAUGAUUGGUCAUGUAAUAACAUUCCCGUACGAAAAUACGGAUAUGCAUUACAGACCAGAAUACCUGAUGCGUGUUAAGCCCGAAGAAGCUUAUGAGCGCCAAGUCCUUCCCGGACAGGGAGGCUGGUGCUGUGCGCAAAACACCCUCUGCCUCGGCAUGCUUCGUGCACUCGGCUAUCCUGCCUACGCGGGCGCAGGGCGAGUGAACCGUUUUCUCAGUGCGGAAAUCGACACUCCAGCCGAGUACAAGCCCCUUUGCCAUAUGGUGUUGUUCGUCAACCCCGAAGGCAUGGAGACACAUGUUGUUGACGUGGGGUUUGGAGGCGGAGGACUGACACGGCCUCUCGAACUCCGCGAAGGGGCCGAAGUACCGGGUGCGAGCGGCGAGCGAAUCCGCCUGCGACGGUCGCUUGUGCCCGGAGCGGUUCGUCAGGCCCAAGACGCGUGCGUUCUCUCGGCUAAACGGAUGGAUAAGGAUCAUUGGAAAGACUUGUACCAUUUUUCGGAGACGGAGAUGACGCUCAUGGAUAUGGUCGUGCUGUCCUAUUCGAACUGCGCCAUGCCCGGGGUUGGGUCGUUUUGGUACGACGUUGUUGCCUUCUUCUUCAAGAUCGAGCCUGGGACGGAGGAGCAGCCAGAGGGGUCAGAGAUGUAUCGAGUGAUAUUGACCGGCGGGAAGGUUUGGGAAGACCGGAAGGGAGAGAAGAAGCUGAUCAGAGCGUGCGAAAGCGAGGAAGAUCGUGUCCAAGUGCUGAAAGAGUAUUUUGGGUUAACUGUCGAACUGGAGGAUAUCAGGUGGAUCCAAGGUCGAGCAGCGGCUCUCGCCAACGCACGCGUCAUCGAAACGAAGUAG